ACUGCAAAUGUUCUGCUUGCAUUUUUUGACUAGGUCAAAUUUUCAAUUAAAUGAAUAACUUUGUAAGAACAUAGUUAAAAGAUCUAUACAAAUUUUCGUACUAGGACAAUCAGUUCUUUAAUGGCAUGGCUACAAAUCCUACUAUUUUUCCUCUUCAUGACUCUUUCUUAUUCCCAAAAAGAUACAAUUUUUCAGGGACAAAACCUUAGAGUUGGAGAAAAAUUGGAAUCACCAAACAAGGAAUUCAGGCUUGAGUUUUUUAGCCUUGAUGCCAAUAAAACUCACUAUAUAGGCAUAUUCUACAAUUUACCCUCUAACACGACGUUAUUCCCCGAUGAUUAUCGCCCCGUUUGGGUUGCUAAUCGCGAUAAUCCAAUACCAUAUGCAUCAAGUAACAAUCUCACAUUGGAUGAAGGAGAUCUGAAAAUUAUCUAUGGAAGCGAUAGUUUUUUUUUGUUUAGAAGUUCUAAUGAUAAAUCAGCAAGAAAUGCAAGUGCUACAUUACUCGACAACGGAAAUUUUGUGUUAGAGGAAUUGAACACUGAUGGAUCUGUGAAUCAAACUUGGUGGCAAAGUUUUGAUCAUCCUACUGAUACACUAUUACCUGGGAUGAGACUGGGGAGAAAUUCAAAAACAGGACAGAUAUGGUCACUUACUUCUUGGAUAAGCAAAGAUAUACCAGCCUCGGGUUCUUUUACGAUUGGUAUAAACACGACUGGCAUAGACCAAUUGAUAAUAUGGUGGAUGAGAAGUGUGUUUUGGAUGAGUGGGCCCUGGGAAAACGGGACGUUUGCCAAUGUAUCACGAAUAUCUCACUAUGACUACGCAGACUUGAGCUUUGUUUCGACAGAGGAUGAAAAAUACGUGACUUACUCGGUCAAUAAGUCUAAAACUUUGUCUAGAUACGCGAUAGAUGUGUUCGGCUUUAUCAAGGAAAGAGGAGCAGCAGGACCUUUCGGAGUGUGUUUUUACAAGCCUAGUGCUGGUUGUGUGACAAGAGAAUCGAUCAGGUGCCCGAUUAGAAACAAUUCAUGGUUUGAGAGGAGGCCAAACAGUGUUUCGGGUAAUAGAUUUAGAUUUUUAAAUAAUAAUACGAGUUUAUUUGAUUGCAAGAGACAGUGUGAGAACAAUUGUUCUUGUGCUGCUUUUAACUCUAUCACAGCUACUGGAACUGGUUGUGAAAUUUGGAGUAAUGUAUCUAUAUUGGAUUCACAAAGUCAAUCAGAUGUUUUCAUUCUUGAUGGUGAAAGAGAUUUGGUGCCAAUAAGAAAUGGGAGCGACACAAAUGUGCCAAGUACAUUCUCACCUCCUCCGGCUUCACCACCAGCAAUAUCUCCCGACUCAACGCCAAGAUCAUCUGAUUCAUCUCAAAGAACUUCAAUAAAAUGGUGGACAUGGCUUAUAGCUGCAAUUGGUUUGACACUAUUUUUAGGACUUAGCUCCCUAUGCUACCUUUUACGCGGAAAAGGGAAAGCAAAAGCAACAGCUUUGCUAUUGCUUAAUCAAACAGCAAAUAGAUCAAAAAAGGGAAAAAUAGACAAGAAGAUGAGUCAUGAAGUGCAGUUAUACAGCCUCGAUAGCCUAGCAAUAGCCACGAAUAAUUUUUCACCAGGAAAUAAGCUCGGGGAGGGGGGAUUCGGACCCGUUUACAAGGGAGAAUUGCCUGAUGGGCAAGAAGUAGCUAUAAAAAGGCUUUCGACGAGUUCUGGACAGGGCCUAUUGGAGUUCAAGAAUGAAAUUUUAUUGAUUGCAAAACUUCAACAUACUAACCUUGUUAGGCUUUUAGGUUUCUGUACUCAAGGCGAAGAACGGAUUUUAGUAUACGAAUACAUGCUCAACAAAAGCCUAGACUUCUUCCUGUUUGAUAGUAACAAAAGGGAGCUACUAAAUUGGGACACACGAUUCAGAAUCAUCGAAGGGGUUGCUCAAGGUCUACUAUAUCUGCAUAAAUAUUCAAGGUUGAAAGUGAUCCAUAGAGAUUUAAAAUCGAGCAACAUCUUACUAGACGCUGACAUGAAUCCAAAGAUAUCGGACUUUGGCAUGGCGAGGAUUUUUGGAAGGCAAGAAUCUGAAGCAAACACGAAAAGAAUUGUUGGAACACAUGGCUAUAUGUCUCCAGAGUAUGCCUUGAGAGGCAUUGUCUCAACAAAGACAGAUGUAUUCAGCUUUGGAGUUUUACUCUUAGAAAUUGUUAGUGGCAAGAAAAACAACAGCUGCUAUGAUUCUGAGCAUCCACUUAACCUCAUAGGACUGGCAUGGGAAUUGUGGAGAGAAGAGAGAGCUUUGGAGCUAAUAGAUGCAACACUAAUUGAAUCAUGCUCGCACGAUGAAGUAAUGAGAUGCAUUCAUGUGGGACUACUUUGUGUGCAAGACUAUGCAAAAGAUAGGCCUUCAAUGUCAAGUGUCGUUUCAAUGCUUAUGAACGAUACGAGACAACCACCACCAGCACCAGAGCGACCAGGAUUUUUCAUAGAGAGAGGGGAUCAACGUGCAGAGAUCUCGGAAGAAGUAGUAAGAUAUUCGAUAAACGGGCUAUCGAUUUCAGAGUUGACAGCAAGAUAAGUUUUACCAAUACAGUGAAAAUUUAAAUUACAAAAUGGUCAAUGGGAAAGUAGCUUAUUUA